AUGCGUUUAUCCAUCCUUUCCGGGCUGACGGCUGGCCUCACGGCAGCUCACAGUAUCCACGAGAGGGCUGCGUCAAAGACAGUAUUGUCCCAUUAUAUGCUGGGUGACAUCACUGAGGAACAUGCUCACAAGGAUAUUGACGAUGCCAUUGCGAUGGGUCUCGAUGGAUUUGUCCUCAACGUGGGAUAUCCUAAACUGGAUUGGGUAUCGAACACCCUUAGCCAUCUGUAUGGCUACGCCGACUACUUGGCUGGUCAAGGAAGCAAGUUCAGACUGGCCCUUUCUCUGGACCUUUACGCAACCGGCGCAUGGUGCUACGACAAGUCGCUUGGUUCCGACUGCGGAGGUCCUAAAGAAUACGAGGAUAUUCUGAGAAGCUAUCUCGGGCGGGAUUCAUACUUUCGUUAUGGCCCAAACAACUUUCCAUUUAUCACCAGCUUCAGCACCGGCAAUCAAACUAACAAACAAUUCGCCGCGUGGAAGAAAGACUUUGCCAACCAGAUGUAUUUUAUGCCUGGCAUCGACGAUACUCCUGGCUUCUGGGAGAGCCAUCCCGCCUGGUGGGAUUAUUGGGGAGAUCUUAUCGACGGAGCUAGUGCUUGGGAGUCCGCCUGGCCCGAAGUGCAUGGUACUAACGAGGGCGAUAUGUCCAGAGAUAUCAAGGUCAUGGGUCCAUUGCAGAAGAAAAGCAAAGGCUAUAUGAUUCCUGUCAGCAUGCUUCAGUAUAAGAAUGCGUACGGAGCCAAUCUGUACCGUCGUGGUGAGAUGAACAUGGUCAAGCGGAUGCAAAAUAUCCUUAGCAUGGACCCCCAGCCUGAUAUUGUUCAGCUUCUGACAUGGAACGACGGACCAGAAAGCCAUCACUUUGGCAACUUGUGGCCCGAACAAAACACCGACGCACAACCUAAUCAAUACGCCAGUCCCGAGGGUUCCGACCACACUGCCCUCCAGUCUCUAUACUCUGCAUUCAUUCAUGCUUGGAAAAACGGUGGAUCACUGAUCCCUGCCUUUUCCAAGAGAGAUGAAUCUUUGCCACAGGGAGCUUUAUGGCACAAGAGUAUUUUCCAAGGUACAAUCUGUCCUGGAGGAGACUCGAAUGUCAAAUACUUCCAAGCACCAAACGGUACCGAUGCCGGCCAGGAUGCUUUGCAUUGGGCUCUGGUUGUUCCAGCUAACGCGGCUGGCUGGACAGUCGACAUUGUAAGUAAUGGCAAGAGUAUCAGCUCCAAGGUUCUGGAGACGGGCCUCAACUAUGGCACUGUCGAGGAUGGUAUUCAAGAGGGCACUCAGCGACUCGUUAUCCAGAAUGGCAAGACCAUUGUUGCUGGGACAGAUCGUGGAAGGUGUCUAGCCAAAACUUGCCACGAUGGCAUCUACAACUUCAAUCCUCAAGUCAUGGCGGUCAAAGGCGACUACGAUAAUACGGACUGCUGGCAGGUCGAAGGCGAACCCUUCUUGGACUGGGCAAAGGGAGAAGUGUUGGGCGUUACACUGGGCCCCCGAGCUGCCAGUGCCGACCCUGGCCAUGACCAUGACCAUGACUCAAUUUACCAUAACCCUUUCGAGGAAUACCGCAACUGCAAGUAUGACCAGAAAAAAGCCAUCCGCCAGGCAUGGCUAGACAUCGUCACGAUCCUGAAAAGAAUGCCUCCCUUCGAUUCAGAUGGGCUGCUAGAGACGAGAAAUUUCGGAGCCGACAUGCCGGAUAGGAAGGCUGAUGAAGCAUUCAUUAGAAAUGUUUUCACGAAUCUCAAAAGAUUGUAUUUGUAUCCUUCGGAAAGGGAUAAGAGAAAGAUUCGCAUAUCCUGCAAGGAGGAUAUUCCACGUUACAACGGGGACUUGAAUCAGACAUGCGGAGAUUUGACUUUGCAAAAUGGCAAAACGCAGAAGAUUGGCGGCUAUGCCUUUGACGAUGCAACAAGUUCCCCAGGCGGCACCAUUGUUCUAUGCGAUACCUUCUUCCUACCAGGACAGGAGCACCUAGCGGCUGUCCAAGAACAGCUUGACAGGGACAAGUCGUUACGGAAAUCUUCAGUUGACAUGAAUGGUAAAUACCGGCUGUUGCUCCACGAGAUGGUUCAUCUCCCAUCUAUAUCUACUGGAACCAUCGGAUCGGGAAAAAAGGAGGAUGUGGUUAUCAUAGAUGAGUACUGGACUGAGGAUCAGCAGACGAACGAGUACAAAGCGUACAUGCCCAAAGGGGUCGAGAAGCUUGCGGCGAAGAAAAGAGUCCGUAAACGGACAAUUUACAACGCCGACACUUACGCGUGGUACGCGGUCGAGAAAUUCUUUACAGCAAUUUACGGGGAACCCCCAAACGGCGUCUUGACUAAAGACGAUUACGACGAUGAGCCUACCAGUACUACCAAAACCGAGCCCAAGCCAACGCAAUACCCAACAACGUACGACUGUGACGGUAGUGGGAUCUGUGAUCUUCCAUCCUGGAAAAACAUGUACGCCAAGUAUUGUGACCACGCUGUCAACUCGUUGAUCCGCAACGAUGACAAAAACUAUGGCGACGGCAAAGGCAUCGAUGGUAACUGCUGGGGCGAUUCAAGUGGCAAUGGGUGUGUUGUCUUUGUUACAGGCAAAAACUGUGUUCUCAGUGGUAACGAAAUGUGGUGGAAGUACCAGGACUUGAGAAAUAGUACGAAGGGAGAUUGUGGUAGAUGCGGCAGUGUUCAUUAUGGUGAUGGCUGCCGAUUUACUGUCAACUAUAAGACUGGAUGCGAUAACAGGUAG